ACUGUGCUGUGAACACAUGUCUGAUAAGAACUUGUUUUUCCACACCCUGAAGGAAAGGCAACAUGGCUGAGAAACCUAAGCUUCAUUACUUUUAUGGAAGAGGUCGAAUGGAAACCGUCAGGUGGUUGUUAUCUGCUGUUGGAGUUGAGUUUGAAGAACAAUUUAUCCAGUCAAAGGCAGAUCUAGAAAAAUUAAAGAAAGAUGGACUCCUGCUCUUCCAGCAAGUGCCCAUGGUGGAAAUAGAUGGGAUGAAGUUGGUGCAGAGCCGAGCCAUUCUCAACUACAUUGCAGCAAAAUACAAUCUCUAUGGGAAGGACAUCAAGCAGAGGGCACUAAUUGAUGUGUACAGUGAAGGUGCUUGGGACCUGGGUGAAAUGAUCAUGCAAUUACCCUGGAAAUACAUUGAUCCGGAGGAGAGGGAGAAGGAAACAAUUGUGAUCCUUGAGAAGGCCACUGGCAGAUAUUUCCCAGUUUUCGAAAAGGUUCUGAAAGAUCAUGGACAAGAUUUUCUGGUGGGGAAUCAGCUUAGCAGAGCAGAUAUCCAGUUGCUUGAGACCAUUUUAGCAACAGAAGAGCUGAAGGAGGGUGUCCUCUCCAAGUUUCCUCUUUUAAAGGCUUUUAAAACAAAAAUAAGCAACAUCUCUAACAUUAAGAAAUUUCUUCAGCCUGGUAGUCCGAGAAAGCCCCCCCUGGAUGAGAAAAUGCUGGCAGAAGCUAUCAACAUUUUCUACUGAGUUGUUCUGCUGAAGAUGGCCACCAGUUUACCAUUGUAGCUUUGAGAAAAGUGCAGAAAUUCUGAUUUCAAAUAAUUCCAAAGGGGUGAAAUCAUAAGAUCCAUGUAAAUCCACAUUACUGAGGCCUCUUCCACACUGCCCCUAUAUCCCAGGUUCUGAUUCCAGAUUAUCUUCUUAACCCAUGAUUAUCUGACAGUGAAGAGUCAUAUAAUCCAGUUUAAAGCAGAUAACCUGGGAUCAGAUCCUGGGAUAUAGGGCAGUGUAGAAGAGGCCUGAGAAACUGUCAUAAUACUUUGUACUAUUAGGCCGAAGUGACACCACCCAGUGACUUCAAAUCAUUCAAAGGGGCUACAAUCAAACAUGGGUCUGGGUAAAUUCUCAUAAUUGCAUUAAGAAACUAAUUUAAUAACAGAACUGCAAGGUCGGCUGAGGAGAAACUGCCAUCAUACUGUGUACCAUUAACACAAAAUAAAAUUUUACACCAUUA